GAAUGUGUGGAAUCCAACGAGAAUGAGGCUGGCGAUGUGGAAUUACUACCCGCGAGCAUAAAACGGUUGGAUGGCCUUCAAAACAAGAUUUAAUGCGAAAGGCUCUUAGCAUGGCCGCAGGUUGGAUAUGCUGACAAUUGAAGUUCAGAAAGAGAUAGCUAAGGAAGCUAGUGAUACUGUACAAAAUGAUCCAUUGAGAAAGAAAACCAAACGGAGGAGAAAAACCAUCGUUAUUGGAGCUAGAAUACAUCCCGGAGAAACUCCUUCAUCAUAUGUUUGCCAAGGUAUGAUAAACUUCCUACUCAGUGACAAACCUGUAGCCGAAAUCUUAAGAGAAAAUGUUACUUUCAAAUUUAUUCCAAUGCUUAAUCCGGACGGAGUGUACGUUGGAAACUACAGAACAUGUAUCUUGGGUCAAGACUUAAAUCGCUGUUGGCAAGAGACCUCGACACAUGCCUACCCUACGUUGGCUGCAGUGAAAGGCGUAAUUGAGUCGUUAGCAUUAGAAAAGGAAAGUGAAAUGGAUAUGUAUUUGGAUCUACACGCGCAUACUGGUUUACUAGGUGCAUUCGUAUAUGGCAAUAGCUAUAGUGACGUGUACCGUUUCCAAAGGCAUACUUUAUUUCCCAAGCACCUCAGCUAUUGUGCAGAAGAUUUCUCGUUGGACAAUACUGCUUACAACAAAGAUCGUAACAAGUCUGGAACAUCCAGAAGAUUCCUUUCCACUUUUCUAAAUGACAAGGUGAAUUGCUACACUCUGGAAGUGAGUUUCCAUGGUUACGAGGUACAGAAAGGAGGCUCAAGCAGUGUCAACAUCUAUAACGAAGAAGAAUAUUUACGUUUGGGAGAAAGCAUUUGCUACUCGUUGUUGGAUUAUUACUGUGCCAUCAAAUACAUACCUCCAGAUGAUAUACCAAAGGAGAUACGAGAAACUUAUUGCAAAGGAGCUCGAGGAAAAAUACCAACCGCUGGGAACACCAGAUCUCCUCACCGAACACCAGCUGGUACUGGAAACAGCAAGGUUUCCGCUUCUAAAGGAAAAGAUAAUGGUAACAAGACCAACAAAACAAAGACAACGGUCUCCAAAGUCUCAGAAUCUAAUCACCAUCCUCAGCCACUGAAAUCGGAAGAAAGAAAAGAGUAAAUUAAUUGCAAUUUAAUGUACAAAAUGGUCCAAAAAGCGAUGGAUUCCAAAAGUUCUAAAAAAUUGAACAAAGGGGUAUAAUAGAGUUCCAUUUGCAUAAAAAUGAAGCGCAAGGAAAGUCCCUUUCCCCAUUGCGACCGUUAUUGUCAAUAUAAAAUUGUUGUUAUCAAUUUGAAACAUUGUUUUGUUGUUGGUUUAUAUUGUAAACAAACCAUUGGUUUAUAUUGGUAAUUCUCAUUUCACCAAAACAGAUCUUAUGAUUCAAAUUCACUUUCAUGUUAACUGCACUCUGUUUACUAUUUGUUCAAUUUUAGUAAUUUUUUUAAUCACUAGCCGUUUCCACUGUCAUCCACCUAAAAUAAUUAUUAUAAAAAAGGGAAAAAUGUAUAAUUAUUUAAAUGAAUACAACUAAUGUAAUUCCAUGGGUCCAACAAAUAAUUAAUGAUGGCUACUUCCCUUUGUACCUCAGUGCCAUAAGUGUGCUGUCGUGCUUCUGGAUAUUAAUAUUGCCGGAUUAUAAUAGAAUUGAAGAUCACAUUUAUUGCUUUUACAUUGCGUGGUUUUGUUAUUGUAUUAUUUGAAAUAAAAAUUAAACACUUACGCUACCACUGG